AUGCGCUACACCUAUUCUCUUCUUGCCUUUGCCGUCACGGCUCUAGCAUUCCCUACCGAGAAGCCCGCCGAUAAUGGCAAGUGGGUUCCUGGUGGGUACGAAGGCAAGGGUACUGGCCACAAUGAUGGCAAGUGGACACCUACCAAGUACCCCGGCGACAAGUCCAAGACCAAGAAGGACCAGGUGGACACGAUUGAUGAUGACUCCUGGAAGCCUGGAAACUACGAGAGUCAGGGUACCAACUUCGAAGAUGCUAAGUUGCCGUCUAAAAAGUAUGGUAAGCGCAGUGAUGAGGGCAGCUGGCACCCUGGCAAGUAUGAGGGUGAUUGUACUGGUUAUGAUGAUGGAAAGUGGACCCCCGAGAAGUAUGAUUAG